AUGUUGAGACAAAAAAGUUUGAAGGAACUAGUAGAAUAAGAGUCAGUGCUUUAGUAUCCAGAUAUUUCUCAUUGGAGAUAACUAAAAGCUUUAACAAUAAAGAGCUACACUAUCUAGUACAGGUUGCUUAUUUCAACUCUUAUGCAAUACAUGAUUUCCUUCUUUUCAUUUAUCGGUUCAGCAGUUAUUUAUGCAAUAGUAUUUAUGAAAAAGGAUGAUAGCGCUGGAAACACAGCUUUAAAUAUUGACGUUCAGACUGUAUUUAUUUUGGUGGUUGCUAUUCCUUUUACUCUACUGACUAAAAACAUAUUUUCAUAAAUUAUCAAUGACAAAGAGACAAAUCUAGUUGAGGUCCUAAAGUUUAAUAACCUGUCGCCUAUUACAUAUGGCCUGAGUUUUAUCACAUAAUACAUAAUCUACAUUGUUUACACAUCUCUGUGCUUGACCUUACAGUUUAUGGUUGCAUAUAUAGUAACUGGAAAAGAUGAAAUUGCAGAAUAAAAGCUUGGUGAUUUUGCCCUAUAUUUCUUCUAGUUAUUGCUGUUUGCGAUAGGCUUGGUAUGCUUCAGCUUGUUUCUUUCAGUCUUCUUUAAGGACGUUAAAAUCGGGUAGUUAAUAGGGUCUUAGAUAUUUGUCUUUCCUAUAAUUACUUUUGUAAUACUUUUGUAAAGAGAUCAAAUCGACGAUAAUUAAACUAAUAGAACAGACUUUACAGAUAUAUUCGAUUACACCUAGUUCUUAGUAUUCGUUCCACACUACCCAAUUUUUAUGAUAACUUACAAUUUGACUUGGUAAUUCGAUCAUUCAUCCUCAAUUGAUUAGCCUCGAGCUAUAACUCUUUCUAAUGUUUUCUUAUUCGUUAACAUCUUUCUAUAUUUCACACUUUACGUAAUUUUCAGUGGGUUUAGUUUAUCUACCAUUGACAAGCUUAAAAGAAAGACAAUUGAGUGCCGCAAUCUUUCAUUGAAAUAUGAUGAUAAUUUUGAAGCAGUUAAGAAGGUGGAUUUUGCCAUUAAAAGAGGAGAACUGGUUUGCCUGAUUGGACCUAACGGCUCAGGAAAGUCUUCACUUUUAAAUAUGAUAUGUGGACUAAUUCAACCAACUGAAGGAGAUAUUAAGAUUUAUGGCGAGAUUCUCAAUAAAAGUAAUAAAAGAUAGGUACUUGACUUCUGUUUACAAGAGGAUACUUUGAUUUAAAAUUAUACUGUAGAAGAGCAUUUUAAAAUUAUCUGUGAUCUCAAGAAUAUUGAGUCUGAUUAGGAAUAGAAAAUUGUCAAAGAAAUUUUGAUAUGUCUUAACCUUGAAAAGCAUAAAGAUAGCUAUUCUUAGGAUUUAUCAUUAGGUAACAAAAGAAAGUUAUAGAUGGGAAUGUCCCUUCUUGGAAGUAAGAAGGUACUUAUCUUAGAUGAAAUCACUUCAGGUCUAGAUAUAGUCUCAAGAAAAUAGAUUUGGGAUUUAGUUAAAGAGUUAAAGCACAAUAAAACUAUUAUCUUCUGUACUCAACAUCUUUAGGAGGCCGAUGAAUUAGCAGAUAAAAUAUUGCUUCUUGAAAAUGGCUAAGUAAAAUAUUACGGGGACCCAUAGAAUUUGAACAACCAUAUUGGAUCAAAAUAUACUUUCACAAUUACAAUCAAGGAUAAAACCAAAAAAUUUAAACUAGUGUCUUUAAAGAGGUAAUUGAAUGAUCUAAAGAAAUUAAAGGAUAUUGAGAUUUAGUAGCAUGCAACUCGUAUUAAAGGUCAACAUUAAUACUUAGUUGAUGAGAAAAAUCUCUCUAAACUCGAGGAAGUUAUGCUCUUUCUUGAACAUUCCUAGGAAACAUUUAUGUACGAUCUAGAGAAGUAAAACUUGGAAAGCUAAUACAUGAGUCAUCUCUAUUCAAAUGAAAUGUUUUCAAUUGAUCGAUACUCUUUCAAGCAAAAAGAAUAAAAUUUAGACUUACUCAACAAUGAAGUAUCUACAUCGACUUAUAUUCAGCAAAUGCUAAAGUAGAGAUAUAACUAAUUCAAGAGAAAUAAGAAACUUCUGAUUAUCAGUUUACUUACUAUGCUUCUGGCCUUCGCAAGUUUAAUCAAAUUAGCAUUAACAGAUUAAAACAAAAUUAAGACUGUAUUUAUUUAGGCUUUCGAAUUUGGUCAUGGUAAUGUAGCUGGUAUACUAGUAAUGUAAGCAUCAAUGGAUUAUGAGUCUAAAUUCCGUUAUUUGAUUAACCUAGCAGGAAUGGAUCCAUAAAUAUAUUGGCUUACAAAUCUUUUAUUUGAUGUAUUAGUUUACUUGCUCUUUGCUUUUGUCUAUUUUAUUAUCACGCAGGUGUUAUUUUGUAUGUCACUUGGAGAUUUUUUCAUGAUAAUUAUAAUGUAUUUACUAUUUGGUUGCCAACUUGUGCUUUUGAACUAUCUGAUAUCAGUGAGAACUGCUUCUUCAAAUACAGCUUUCUCUGGAGCUAUAUCUUUUACUUUGGCAAUAGCUAUUAUUUUUCCCAUUGGAACUUAUUACAUUGCUCAAGCAACUGCAUACUCAAAUACUGGAGGCUUCUAUUAAUAGGGAGAUUUCGCAAACAUAGCUUUGGUUGUACUUGGCUUAGAUCCCUUUGUAAUAUUUAGUGGAGCAUUUUAAACAUAAAUUGCUUACAAAGAAAUUUAAGACUAAAUACCAAUUUAGUCCUUAACUGCAUCAGUAUCGAUCUUUGAUUUAUACUCAUCGCCUGUCUUCAGUCUAGUUUACUGCAUGUUUUUCUACAAGAUUUUGGUUCAUAGUGAUUCAUCAAGACUUAGAGUAUUCAGAAAACUACACAAAAAAAUAUUUUAUCUUACAUUGAAUCCAGAGGAAACUGAAAAUAUCAUAAAUAUUAAAGACCUUGAGAAAUCUUAUAAGAAGAAAAAGCCAAUUCUCAAAAAACUUUCUUUGCAAUUAAAAACUGGAGAAAUCCUAGGACUGUUAGGACCUAAUGGUUGUGGAAAGUCUACAAUGUUAUCGAUCCUUGCUCUGGAUUAAGUCAGAAACGAUGGUGAAAUUGUGAUUUUAGGGUCAUGGAUAGACGAAUUUGAACCUGAAAUUCAAGGUAUCGAUUUGGGUUACUGCGCUUAGUAUAACAUUCUUAAGUAGAAACUUACUGUAGAUGAGCAUCUUGAUUUUAUCUCGAUUGUUAAGGGACUUACUCCAGAUAUCAUUAAAUCUAAGAAAGCUUGGUUGCUCAAAGCUCUUGACCUUAAGAAAUAUUAAAAUAAAUAGGCAGGAAAUCUAAGUGAAGGUAAUAAGAGGAAAUUGUGCUUGGCUAUGACUCUUAUGAGAUAACCUAGAUUGUUAAUUCUUGAUGAACCGUUUACUGGAGUUGAUCCUCUAGGCAAGAAACAAAUUUAUCAAAUCCUAAGAUCUCUCACUGACAUAUCAAUUAUCUUUUCAACUCACAGCGUGGAUGAGGCAGAAGCAUUAUGCGAUAGAAUAAUAAUUAUGAAUUAGGGCAUAAUACAAGAAGAAAGUACAAUGUUGCAAGUUAAUUAGAAAUUCAUCAGACUAUACAAGUUUAAAAUUACAAUUAAAGACAUUAGCAUGGCACCUUAAGUUCGAGAUACACUCUAAGCUGAGCUUCCUUAGUUUGAGAUUGAGGAUCAAACUUAAAUCAAUGGCAAAAUUUUCUCUCAUGAAGCUGUUACAAUCACCUAUUGCUAGUCAUCAGCAAUGCAAUAUAAUCAAUUUUUCGAUAAAAUUUUAGAAGCUUAAGAAGAAGAGAGAAAAUCUCUUGAUUAGUAAAAGCAAUAAAAUAAAAUUCAGUUAGAUACACAUGAAAUAGAGAUAGAGGAAGAAAAGAAGUAAUUAAUUGAAGAGAAUGUUAUGACUGAAAGGACAAUGAGUAUAAUAAACCCUUCUGCUAAAAAAUCUGAGCUAAUAAACAAGUAUCUACUCUAUAAAACUUUAAACAGCCUAAAAAGGCAGCAGCUGAUUGAAAACUUCUAGAUCUUGAGAACUUCAAUAGAGGAGGUAUUUACAUAUGAGAAUGAAGAAAGUCUAAAAUAAAUGGAAAAAAGAAACACUAUUUAAUGA